AUGACGGAAGUCUGCCUUGUUGAUGGCGCUUUGGAUGGCAAGCAGACGAAAAGUGACAAAGCUGCUUCAGACUUAAUUUGCAAUAUUGCCAUUGCGGAUAUCACAAAAGUCAGUGUUGAUGAUUUUGUGAAACAAAUCACUCUCAUCGAUAUGUCAUAUUUUGCUGCAAUCAAACGGUCUGAGUUCCUUAGUCUCAAAUGGAACGGCAGGGAUAAAAAGAUUUAUGCACCAAACAUUGUUGAAUCUACAAAGUGGUUCAAUCAACUCAACUUUUGGGUUCAGAAGGAAAUUUUAAAAUACCCGGCGGUCAAUAAACGUACAGAAGUGCUUUCUUACUUCAUAAAAUUGGCCAAGCACUUAGUGGAAGUGAACAAUCUCUACUCAGCCAUGUCAAUAGUUUCGGCGCUGCAGGUAGAAUGUAUCUACCGCUUACGUCUCACAUGGUCUGGGCUUGGUCAUCGUGAGAGGGCGGCUUACCGACGGUUGGAAGAGCUCUUUGGCCAACAGGACAACUGUCGUCUCCUCCGUGAGCAUACCGCUGCCAUGCCUCUCCCUGGAAUCCCCUAUUUAGGUCUCUACCUCUCUGAUCUCAUUUACACCAACGUGGCACAUCCGCGCAUCAAUGGCCAGCCAACAACGGUUUGGGUGAAGAAGCUAAACACCAUUGUGGACGCCAUCGCUCACUUCCAGCAGUCGCGAUUUCCUUUCCAAGUCAACGAGAGCAUUCGCGCCUACCUACUUGCUCAAUCCUACAUUGAGGAAUUGCAGAAGUUCCUCGAGGACGCCAACUUUAAGAUGUCCCUCCACCUCGAACCACCCCCCAUAAUUGAUGCUUCUCCGCCUUCUGCUCCACUAUCGCUGAUGACCCUCCCUGCUACUGCCAACGGGCACAGCACAGAAGGCUCGCGGAGAGGUGUCUCGGCGGUGGCACGCGUGAGUACAGCCACCUCAUAUAAGACCACUCCGUUGGUCGUAGCUCUCUCUGCAAACUACACUCCUGAUCGGGAGCAGGCGCCACGUAAAAAGGCGCUGCCGUCAUCGGUGCAGCCACUCAGCUUCAAGGCGACUGCAGCUGCAUUGGAGAAGGCAACGACGGGCGGUGGCAUGGAGGUAGAAGCAGAGGUGGUUGAAGAGGGAGAGGAGGCAGAGAUCUUAUGCGCUAAAUCCACAAAAUCUGGCACCACAGUGAAACUUUCGCUUCCACCGAACCCCGUUGGCCUGUUAGAAAGCGGUGGAUGCACCCUCAACUUUGCCAAUGUUUCCAUUGACUCCGCCGCCACUGCCUCCAAGGCCUACUUUUCUAAUGACACAUCAAUUUCAAAGGCAAGGAAGGUGAUCCUUUCGCUGGCUUAUGGUGUUUUGUUCAGACGUGCACAUCAACCCUUGUUUCAGGAGUGUUUAAUCGGAAAGGCAUUGGAAUCAUUGAAACCCUUCUGUGACGAUGUGUCGACCUCGACAGACUCCAAAUCAUUGCACGUGGCAACGCAUGACCAGGAGGUGCAGGUGCCCCAAUUUCACUCCUCUGUCCUCUGUCCCCUCUGUGGUCGUUCGUCACACACUCUCGCGUCGCAGCAAGAGCGGCAACAUGAACUCCAAUCUGAUUCUCACCCCACCGAUGAGCGUUCACACUACGAGGCUGUCUCUUCCUCCGAAUCACCCAGCAAGUCGGACAAGGAGAUUGGUUCUGACCCCGCUAGGGUCGAGGCCUCAGUUACUCCUGUCACACCUGUCUCACCAAAAUCACCUCUUAUCCAAGGCCGCGACAUUUACUCAGCUGUGAUGGCUGUGGCUAGUCCGAACCAUCGAUAUUGUUCCGCCAUCGGAGCGACCAAUAGUCAUUCUGAAUCUGGAGCUUCUUUCAGUCUCCCCUUCCGAUCAAAGGAGGAUAUACCUCAGUGGCCUCCCACCACUUUCCCCUUCAUCAUGGCUCUGCGACCUGCCUGUGUGCUUUGUGAAGGCCCCAUAAACCGCAAAACCGUCGGUCGUCUCAUCCCCCCAGGGCUGGAGCAGGCUUCCAGUGCGUUGAUGAACUUGAGCACCUUCAGUGACGAUGGCUCCAUCUCUCCUCGCCCUUGUCCUACUACUCCUACUCUCCCUCUUCCGCUACCAACUGCACAGCCGCAGCAACGAUACCCUCGGAACGCCUCUUGGAAACCCUUUUGGGCAGCUCUUGUGGUAAUGGAGGGCUGGACUUCUGGCUACAUGGUCUACUUCGAUGCUGUGGCAAAGAAGCCUUACCGGCGUGAGGAUGUAAGUUGUUAUUUCUUUUCGGAACAAAUAUCGACUCGAUUCUUUUGGGAUUUAAACCCAAACCUUCAGUUCGCAGUCGGACGGUGUCAAAUUCAGCCCUUCCAACAAUCGCCCAUAGAUGGAGGCAAGGUGGACUGUCUUCCGAGCAUUGGUUUGGCGCGUCACCGCAACGGCAUAGUGGACGAGACUUCCUUCCUGCUGACGCACCCAGGCCUCCAUAAGACCUACCGCCUACGUCCCAUCGCCCGACGCGGUGAUCCUGCGGCAGAAGUUGGUGGCGGAGCUGAUGACAAUCCUCUCACGCCCACACCACAGCGGCGUGAUUCCCGACUCCUCUUCUUCACUCUUUCACGCAAAAAUUCCGCUACUACUGCUACCACAACCCCCACUCACACCCCACCUUCAUCCGCGUCUCUGCGGGACCGGGGCGCCUCCGCUCCCAUAUUAGCUGCCGCCGCCCCGCAAACCACAAACGACCUCUCCAUGCGGCCAAUGCCCACAGUGGAAGAUUGGCUUCAUGCCCUUCAGGCCACACUCGAUCAUCUCCAGUCAUGA